AUGCUGAAGCCCAUCGAUGCCUUGUACUGCACUACAAUCGGGGCCACGCGGAAGAAUUGGCAGCUUGCCAUUCUCCUGCAUCUCGUCUUCUUCAUCUCCAUCCUCACCGGUAUCACCAUGUUCAUGUUUUAUUUCACAGAGGUUUGCGCCUCUGCCCGGCGCUGGCAACUAGCGCUGUGGCUUCUGACCGAGAUGGCCAGCGAGCAGCUCCGACACAACGCGAUCGUGUGCAGCGCAGCCAUUACGGCCUGCACUCGAGGCGAGCAAUGGCCAGAUGCCGUCGCCAUCUUCGAAAGGAUGCAGAGCCGACAGGUGGAAAGCGACCUGGUUGCCUGCAAUGCGGCCAUGGCAGCUUUCGGGGCUGGUGGUCGCUGGCUGCAGUCCUUGUUGAUGCUGCCCCCGGUGGGGAGCAGCCACAGCUUCGGCACCGCCAUCAGUGCGUGCCAAGAGGCAGCGCAGUGGGAGGCGGCUCUCCAGACGCUGCCUUCGUCGCAGACGCGGGUCGAGACGAACGCGUUCAUGUACAGUGCGGUUAUCAGCUCUUGCGCCAAAGGCAGCGCUUGGCAAGUGGCGAUCUGGCUGCUCUCAGCGAUGCAGCUUUCGAGGCUGGAGAGCAGCCUUGUAGCUCACAACGCGGCCAUUGCUGCAUGUGAGCAUGACGGCCAGUGGCAGCGUGCUCUGUUUUUCCUGGAUAGCCUCCAACAUGAGCAGCUGCGGAGCAACAUCAUCACCUAUUCUUCCACUAUCAAUGCGUGUGGCAAAAGCGGGCAAUGGCAAAAGGCAUUGCAGCUGUUCGCAGACUUGGUGUGGCUCCGAAUUUCUUCGAACAUCUUCGCCUAUGGCGGGGUUCUGGCGGCAUUUUCCGAAGCAGCCGAGUGGAGCAAAGCCCUCGCCCUGCUGGGACACUUGGGGGCUGAGACCCUGCAGAUGAAUUCGGUCGCCUACAAUGCGGCCAUGUGUGCAUGCGAAAGAGCUGGGAUGUGGGAAGUGUGCGUCAGCCUCUUCGAGGAGAUGGAUGUGAGGCGCUUGGCACCAGACCAGUUUACCGGGAGCACCGUCGCGCCUGCAUUGGCUGCGUUGGGAAGGAGGCAGGCAGCGAGCCAUCUGCUUUCGCGGUUGGAGGAGCAGUCCGUGCAACACGAGGCGAUCGCCUACGGCGGGCUGGUCAAUGCUUGCUCCAAGAUGCAGGAGUGGCAGCCGGCCUUGGAUUGGCUUCUCUCGGCGAGCAGCAAAGGUUUCUGCUCGAACGCAAUUGCAGUCAAUGCAGCCAUCUCUGCUUGUCGUGAGUCUCGCUGGGGGUGGGCGCUGCUGCUCCUGAUGGAGUCAGCUCAGGUUCUGCAGCUCGGAGCACAGCUGAGAGCCGUCUUGCACAGAGCCGCUUGUUUGAUCGCAAUGCUCGCGCCAGCAUUCGUCGCAACGGCCCCGACUCCGGUCGCCCGCCUGCCAGCACAGAGCUUGGUGGAAUCCACCAAGCAAUCUGCGCAUGGCAGCGUGCAGCUCGGAGCAACCCAGUCUACCUUGGCCGGAAUCGCUGGGAUCGCCGGGAUUGCCGGCCUCGCCCAGCAGCGCAAGACAAGAAAGGCCAAGAUGACGGCUCGUCGGUUCUCCAUCCAGAUGCCUCAGAUGCCCUUCAUGGCACCGCCCGACAAGAAGACGGUGAUCAUCACCGGGGCCUCUUCGGGCCUCGGCCUUGCUGCAGCCAAGGAGCUAGCAGCAACGGGGGACUGGUAUGUUAUUAUGGCCUGCCGGGAUUUCCAAAAGGCAGAGAAGGCGGCGAAGGAAGCAGGUAUGUUCGAAGACUCCUACGAAGUUCUCCACUGCGACCUGGCCUCCAACCGCAGCGUUCGCCACUUUGUGGAUGCAUUCCACGCUCUGGGCAGGCCUUUGGAUGCGCUGGUGUGCAAUGCGGCGGUGUACUUCCCCAACGCGCACAAGCCCGGCAUCUUCCUCCCAGGCCUCUUCGCGGGAGAAGGGCCUCGCUACUCUGCCGAUGGCCACGAGCUCAGCUUCGCGGCAAACUACUUGGGCCAUUUCCUGCUCUGCAAGCUCCUCCUGGAGGACCUGAAGCGCAGCACGGUAAAGCCUGCACGUUGCAUCAUCCUUGGGACGGUCACGGCCACUGUGAACGGCGCGGAGUUGGGAGGCAUGAUUCCCCCAAUUGCACACGUGGGGAACUUCGAGGGUCUGGAAAAGGGCAUGAAGGCGCCAGUGUCCAUGCUUGAUGCCCAUGAGUUCAAUGGCGCGAAGGCGUAUAAGGACAGCAAGGUCUGUGAUGUGAUGCUUAUGAAGGAGUUGCACCGCCGAUAUCACAACGACACGGGCAUUGUCUUUACCUCCCUCUACCCGGGAUGCAUCGCCGAGACGGGGCUCUUCCGUGAACACUACCCACUCUUCCAGCACCUCUUCCCUGCCUUCCACAAAUCUGUCACCAAGGCCUAUGUCAGCCAAGAGGAAGCAGGCAAGCGCCUUGCAGCAUGUGUGUCAGACGAGAGGUACGCCACUUCCGGCUCCUACUACAGCUGGGGCGGCGAGGCAGGAACGGGAGGAAGCGGAGGUAAGGACGCGGUGGAGAACAAGGACAAGGAGCUGGAUUGGUUCAUGAACUAUGGCAGCUUCCGCACGCUCUCCAUCGAUGAGAUCGGUGGAGAGGCUGCUGAUGACGCACGCUGCCGCAAGUUGUGGGAUCUUAGUGAAAGGCUCGUGCAGGCUAGCUAG